AAUUGUAAACAAAAAAACAUAAUUUCUGGAGGAGAUUUAUUUAAAAAAUUAAAUAAUAAAUUACUGCCAUCAAUGCAAUUAUGGGUGGUUGCCGCUGUAAUUUCCGAAAUUGCCAUGUAGGUAACGCGAAAUUCGAACGAAUGCAUUUCUUUCGUUUUCCCCUUAAAGACUCUGUGCGCUACAAGAAAUGGCGCCUGUAUGCCAAUAUGGAACAUAUGGUGGAUUUCUCUGAAGUGCGUCGUAAAAAUACUAGCAUCUGUGCACGGCACUUUCGGCCAGAAUGUUUUAUGAAUUAUCGAAUGGAUCGUUUAGCUCCAAAUGCAAUACCCACACUAAUGCGACUAUCAAAAGACCAGGCGCUUGACUAUGAAUUAGACAUUGAAAAUGGUAUUUUGGUGAGGCUGGAACAAACUAAAUUCAAACAUUUAAUUCCGCCCAAUAAUUUCCAGUGCCCUUUAUAUUUGGAGGAUGAUAACAUCUUAUUUGAGAAACUGAAUGAGGUGCAACGUCAACAAUACUGUGAAAAUGUACCAGGAGAUAUGGAGUAUGAAGUUUCUGAUAAUACAGUAGAAUAUGAAGAGGUGAUUAUGGAGAAUCCAGAAAAGCCUUUAGUUAAUUCUGUGGAAAUUCUUGAGACUAUACAAGUAACAGCGCCAAACUCGAAACGAGCAAGAGAAAUUUCCGAUGAUGAAGGACAACAUGCUGGUGCGAGUGUAAAUAAUAAAAAAUGCAGAAUUUUAAAUAUAACAAAUUAUGUGGCAGCAAACGAAAUGCAAGAUGUAUCGGCAGUUGUUUUGGCUUCAGAGUCGAUUCAAAGAGAUAGUUGUGAGUUAGUCAACAGCGAUGAUAUUCAUUUUGUAGAGGAGGAUGAAAUUGAAAAUAUACAUGAAUUAGUUAAUGAUGAUGGCAACUUAUUACUGACGGAUGAUGAUUUUAUAAAUACCAAUAACGUUGAAGCCGAAGACGAUGAAAUAGAGUUUGUUGAAGUACAUAAAGAUGAUGAAAACAAUUUGCAUUACGAUUUGUCAUCAAAGGAUCCAGAUUCAACCAUAGUUCAAUUAAAAACAUAUAAAACGAGGACUUCUGUAUCGGAAGCAAUAAGUGGCCAACUUGAAAUAGUACAAAAUGAACUGGCCGAACUUAAGAAAUCAAGUCAAGAUUGUACUAUUUUGCAAGCCAAACUGUCUAUAUUAGAAACUGAAAACGCAAAACUCAAUGAAACUUGCAAAGAAAAUGAGCAAAUCAAAACGAGAUUACUUUCCCUGCAAAAGGAAAAUAAUAGUAUUAGAAGAACAUUGAAUGAAAAUAAAAAUAUUAGUGAUAAAUUACAGGAAUAUUGUGAAGAAAACAGGAAAUUAAAGGAACAGGCUGCCAGUUUUGAGUGUAUAAAAGCAAAACUUAUAUUUAGAGAACAAGAAACAAAAGAGUUGAAAAAGCUUUUGGAAUCUUUUAAAGAUUAUGAGACAAAAGAACAAAACCUAAAACAAUUAAAUUUGGAGUUGGAAAAUGUGCGGUCUAAUAAUUUAGCUAAUGAAAUGAAAUUAAAAGACGAAAUAACACAUUUGAAAAGAAAAUUAGAAUCGACACAGCAACAGUUAGAAUUUACAGAAACUGAACUGAAAGAAGUUAAAACUGAUUUAAACAGUAUGAAAAAUGAAAAAGAUAGACAUAUCCAACGGCAUGAAGAAUUGCAACAAUCACUUGAUCGUAUACAAAAUAAUUUUGAUGACAAACAAAAUGAUUAUAGAAUAUUAAAAACAGAACACGACAGUGUACAACAAAAAUUCAUUGUUUUGGAACAAAAAUAUUGGAAAUUACAAGCACUGCAAAAUCAAGAAGCUACAGUAUCUACAUCUUUAGAAAAUAACAAUAAAAAGUCGACUUCUCAACCGCCACCGAUCUCAUCAAAUUCACUAACAAAAGCUCAACUAUUCAAUGGCAUUAAACGUUACAUUAGCGCCUCAAUGGUGUCACUCUUACGCAUGGAAAUGUUUGGCAAUUCAGAAAGAGAAUGGAAACCGGAUGAACGUCAAGUUGCUACGGAUAUUUUGCGUUUAGGAGAGACCGUCUAUAAGUAUUUCACUGACGAAUGGCGUUUUCGUUUACCGGGAUUACGUGAUGUACGUAAUUGGUUGAGCCAAUCCCAGGAACUGAUGGACGAUGAAGAAGAUCUUUAAUUGAAUAUCAUAUAAUUUUGAACUUGGUCAGUUCGGUUUCUUUACUUGGCAAGUAUGGGAACAAAUAUUAAAUAAUUAUUGAUUUUUCAUUAACGAUAUUUAGAGACGAUAAUACUUUGUAUUAACACUUUUACAAUUUUAAAAUAUCAAAUCCAUCCGGUUUGUCAAGAAAUCGUUUUGAAAAAAUGCAAUACUUUUUUACACGAUAGUAUUCAAAAUAUCUGAUUGUUUCUGCAAUUUUUAUUUAUUUUUUAUAUUUUCUUCAUAUUUAUUGUUUGACUUAUUUAUAUUUAUAAAUAUGUACAUACCCGAUACAUAUGAAAAUACAAAGUUUUUGAAUCAUAGAUAAAAAUACAUAUACACACAUAGAAGCGUUACUGUGAUACAAAAAACCUAACAGCCUAACUACAAAAGAAUUAAAGUCGAUUUUAAGUCCAUAAAGUUGACUAUUAUUUUAAAUUUCGUACCAUAAAACAAAUAUCAAAUAUAAUUUAAAUUGUUUUAUUAUUUAAAAAGAAAGCUUUUU